AUGAGCAUCUCUCUGGGGUAUUCACAUUCCACAAAGCAAGACAGCACCAUGGACAGCUUGGAGAAACAGCUCAUUUGCCCUAUCUGUUUGGAGAUGUUUACCAAACCGGUGGUCAUUCUCCCUUGUCAACACAACCUUUGUCGAAAAUGUGCCCAAGAUAUUUUCCAGGUAGGUUGGUUAUUUUACAGCUGAACUUUUAACCUUUAACCUUUACUGCUGUCUCUUAAAGGUUUAUCCAUUCAUAUACAUUACAUGUACAGCAUUCUGAAAUUGUAGUGAAGGUAUUGCUCAUCCUUCAAUUGUCACUAUUCAAUUACCACUUAUUUUGUAAUGCUGAAAAGAAAAGCUAUAAAAACAAAGACAGUCGCACAUGUAUAACCUCCCAGUAAUUUAUUGGGUAAAAAACCACCAACGUUUCGGCAUCACUGUUCCUUCUUCAGGGUGAUGCUGAAAAGAAACAACAAGUGUUUCCUCUUGACCCAUGCCAUUACAGAUUAAACUAACACACGUUUUAACCAGUAAACAAUGCAAAUACUACUAACCAAUUUUAGACAAUGGUAGGCCUAUAUUAAAAAAUGUCCACCGGCUUUAUCUAAUGCCAUUGAUACACUGCUGUCCUGUGUAGGCCUCAAACCCUUAUCUAUCGACCAGAGGAACCACGGUAUCUUCAGGGGGGCGUUUCCGCUGCCCGUCCUGCAGACAUGAGGUGGUCCUGGACAGACAUGGCGUCUAUGGCCUGCAGAGGAACCUGCUUGUGGAGAAUAUAAUUGACAUGUACAAACAAGAACAGGAGUCAUCAAGGUGAGACAAUAAAUGCCAAAGAGAAGAAAGCAGGCCUAAGACAAUUGGUCUAAGACAGACAGAAUAUCGUUGAUAUGUACAAACAGGAGUCCUCAAGGUGAGACACUACAGGCCUAUUUAAAAAGAUUGGCAAACAAUUUAGUCGGAGGCACUCAGCAGCAGUCCCGUGUAUGUCUGGCCCACUAGACAUACAGCAAACCCUCACACCAACAAAUCUGGACAUCAAGAAGACUACAUACUAUCCAGAACAACAUAUAGAAUGAAUCGGAAAACUACUGAUGAGAAAUUGAAAAUUGAAGGAGAAUAUAUUUGUUUUUGUAGAGCACCAUUGUGAAAUCAGGUGUUGACUCAUGGGUGGCUCGACACGUUGCCUGUUAGUCAGCAGUCAGUUAAGAGAGGCCUAUUUUUAAUCCACAUUGAGCCGUACUACAUUCUCUAGACAUCAAUAUAGUAUAUAGUCUGCUUUUAGGAGGGAUAGACGGGCCCCGUGUAGCUCAGUUGGUAGAGCAUGGUGUUUGCAACGCCAGGGUUGUGGGUUCGAUUCCCACGGGGGGCCAGUAUGAAAAAAAAAAAAUUAUGCACUCACUAACUGUAAGUCGCUCUGGAUAAGAGCAUCUGCUAAAUGACUAAAAUGUAAAAUGUAGAAAAACAUAACUUCUGUCACUAACUAUACGUCAUAGAUUCCCUACAGAAUAUGUAUCUGCAAUAGCUACAAGAAUUCACUUAACUACAUUCAUGGUAGUUACUUUUUGUUAUCCUAAAAAGCCAAAACAGUAAAUCUCUGAAAAGAUGUCAUCUGCUCCUGCCAUUUUAGCGUAUAAUUUUAGCACAAUCAAUUUAAAGUUAUUGAGUAGAUUGCCGGGACAAGACAAAUACAAUUUUCACAUGGACCGUUGCUUGAAUCUGGGAGCCAAGUGCAGCAAGCGUUUUGGCCACAGUGGUGUGAUAAGCUCAUCAAGCAACCGUGGUUUAGGCCUACGUAACACAAGUGGACUAUUAAAAACAGUUAUUCAAAAUGUUAGCAUACUCUUGGUUGCCAAAUAAACAUAUAUUAUGGCUAUUCUGAAAUGCCAACAUUCCAUGAGGAGAAAGUCUGUUUGUCUGUACUACAUUCUUUCACUUACUUUGAUGUUAAAUUAUUAUGGCUUGAACAGUCACAUUUUAGGCACUGUGGACACAAACAGUUUUUUGUGACUUGCCAGUGUGACGGACAUUACUCUGCUCGAUUAACAGUAUAGCUUCCUCGCUCACAAACUCUCACUGGUAUCUCGAUUACACCAGGGCUGCUGAGUUUUUAAAAAGGUCACCAUGAAGUCUUUGUCCAAUGUGUAGUGUUAAUAAACGGGAUCCCCAAAGUAUAACUGUCACCUGUACUGUAGCAGCAAGCCUGAGCCUGAGCCUGCCAAGUGUGACCAGCCCAUGUGUGAGGAGCAUGAGGGUGAGAAGAUCAACAUCUACUGUGUGACGUGUGGCGUGCCCACCUGCUCUCUCUGCAAGGUGUUUGGAGCCCACAAAGACUGUGAUGUGGCCCCACUCAACACUGUAUUCAAUAAGCAAAAGGUUAACUUAUUUAUUUUACGUUUAUAUCUGUCUAUUUCCUUUUUGCAUAAUGAUGCUUUACAGGUAUAUCAAAUUGAAAUCAAACGUACUAUUUUUUCUAAUGAACAGAGUAUCAGAGUUGAUACAUAAAAUGUCAUUUUUUAAAAUAAUGCUGGAGCUCCUCUGUGUGUUCCAGACUGAGUUGACUGACUGUAUAGCCAUGCUAGUGGGGAACAACGACAGGAUUCAAGGCAUCAUGAGUCAACUGGAUGAGACCUGUAAGGCCGUUGAGGUGAAGCCUUCAACCUUUUGUUUAAUUUAUAACAGCAUUUUCACAUUGUAUAAAACUUAAACAAUAUUGAUGGUAAAAAUUGUAUUCUUAAUUUUUAUGCGCCAUCAUUUUCGCUACUGACAAUAUCUAUAUGACCUAGUUAUUUGUCAGUUUAACCUUACAGUACAAUCAUGGCUGUCUUACAGGAGAAUGGCAGGAGGCAGAAAUCCAAAGUGUGUGAAAGUUUCGAUCACCUUUACGCCAUCCUGGAGGAGCGGAAAGGAGACAUGGCCCUGAAGAUCAACGCAGAGCAACAGGAGAAACUGGACUAUAUAAACGGCCUCAUGAGGAAGUAUAGAGAGCACCUGGAGAACAUGGCAAAGAUUGUGGAGACAGGCAUACAGACAAUGGAGGAGUCAGAAAUGGCUACCUUCCUGCAGGUGAUGAAAAAUGUAGUUUUUGUCCAGAAAGGACAAGAAUGGCCUUUAUCUAUUCAAAUAACAAAUAAAAUAGGCACAUAGCCAUCUGAAAUUCUGUAUCAGUGAUAAAUCAAUAUCAUAAUUGGUUAUGUACUAUGUUUAAAUAAAAAGUGUAACAUGUUAUUACAAACAUGCUGUGCAAUGUCUUCCGAGAUGUUUUCUCAGAAGACAUGUUGUGCAAUGUCUACAUCAGAGCUUUCUGAGAAGUAAUUCCUUUCUCAUCUUUGCUCCCACAGACUGCAAAGCCUCUUCUACAAAAGUGAGUACACAUACCCUUUUGCCAGUUUCAGACUAUAGUGCUGGUCCUCAGAAACGACAGUGUAACAGUGAUCUCUCUCUCGGUCCACCAGGCUCAUUGCAGGCACUAACAUCUCCCAUCUGGACAAAGUGGAGCGUGGCUAUGACAACAUGGAUCACUACACAGCCAACUUUGAGCGGGAGAGGAGGGCAUUGCUCACUAUAGAUUUUGUGAAAGGUAGGAAGUAUUGAGUAUAAUGAGUGUGACGUCGGCAUUUCAAUGUUCUUUCACAAUGUCCAAAAUCACUUCUUCCAGUGCCACAAAAGAGACUAUAACAACAGCAAGAUCAAUGUAAAACUAAAGUAAAAUUAAACAAUUUACUCUUUUCAUAUUUUGAACUCUUGGUUAUUGUUCAGAUGAUGAAGACGAUGAGGAAUUUGAAGAUGGAGAAGAGGAAGUAGAAUUGAGGCUGAUGACAGGGGCGACCCGUGAAGAUGUCUCCCCCUCUGCUGCAGGGCCCUCUAUCGUUAAGGCCAACCCUCCACAGCCCCAGCAGCAGACAGUAGCCCCACCCCUCCCUCAGAGACCUAUUGAGACCCUAGGUGUCAUGGCUACCCUGGCCACCCCACAGGGCCCCGCCCGUGCUACAACCCCAGUACAAUUCCCAUCACUAACGCCAACUCCAACUGCCACCGCACAGGCCCGCGCUACAACCCCAGUCUACUUCUCAACCCCAACCACAAACCCUGUUCAGUUCCCAAACACAAACCUGGUUAACUUCCCAUCAGCGGAGCCACCGACACAGGUGAGAGGAGCGUCUGUGACACACUACAGCCUAGCCGGGAAAUUUACUGAACAUUUCUCAGCAAUAAUAAAUGAUAUUAUAAUAACUCAUGAGCCCUGGCUAACUCCAUCCCAGCAGCUGUCUUGUAAGGGCCUUUAAAGAGAGUGUGUAUUUCUCAAGGAAACCCCUAGGUCAAGGUCAAAUUUCAGUUCACUAAACAUAUGUAUAUUUUAAAAUAUAAAACUAAUAUUAAUAUUACUUGGCUUUUAUAUCCUGCCCUCUGUAUGAGGAAAAUGUGGCUAUUGAAACCAGUCAAUAUCCAAUCUGUAUCGGAAUAUUCCAGUCACUAUUUAAAGCAGCUGUGCUCUGCUCAGCUCGGAGUGGGCCUGCAUGGGACCUGGCCUGGGUUACGGCGGUGGCUUUCACCUCAGCAGGAGGCUUUAAUGAUGAGACACCUGCCUGCUCUCUGGUUGCCGUAGCCCUGCGUGUGUUAGGGGUGAAGCAGGGAGGGGGACGCUGCUGUUUUCAUUGGGAUAAUUAUCAACCACUCUGUUACAUGUCAUCACCAUUGAGUUUCAUUUGCAUGUGGAGUGCUGAUUUGAAUGAGCAUUGAAUUUACACCAACAUAAUAAUGUGGAUUCAAUUGAAAAGUGAAAAGCCACCUGGAACAGUUUGUAUUCAUUCCAGAAGGGAAAAAAAAAGAAUGGCCUACAGAUUCAUAGAGGCGUUUAUCAGAAAGGGUCUUUGUGUGUGUGUUUGUGUGAGUGUGUGUGUGCGUGGCGUGCGCAUAACCUAAAAUCAUCACUUCAUGUUGCUUACAAGAACUCUAAUAAUCCUGAAGAAAUUAAGCUUGGUUGUUUUGUUUCGUCACUGGAAGUAGCUUUCUGUGUCACAGUUGUGGCUUUGUUUAUUUUACUGCAUCAGCUUUGAAGUCUGAUAAAGUCUACCAUUAGGAUAUGUUUAUUUCUUCAUUUGUCCACUGACUAAUACUUAAGCACUCAGUCUAUAACACUUAAAAGGUUACCCCCUUUAAGUUGAAAACAUGAGAAGUUUCAAUUCAGUGCAAUUUUCUUUUAUCAGGUCAAAUUGCUGCCUGAUAUUGUAUACUCUGAGCUUAUUGUAUGGAUGUGGAUAUGGUAAUUCAGGACAUCAUGUUGUAUGGGUGGUGUGGUGAGUGUGGUGAGAUAAAUAUGGUAUACAUGUAUUUUUAUGUUAGAGUUAUUUUGUAUUUGGUAUCUCAAAUAAGUUCUUUAGACUCUACAAUAUAUUUGAUUUCCUUAAUGAAAAUUGUGUUAAAUUAGUGCUUUGUAAUAUGUAAGUAACAAUAUUUUCCACUCUGAAUGUCUAAUAUCCUCUUUUGAGGCAUGUCAGAAUUUUUCCUUCAUUUUAGUUCUAAUUUUGCAUGGACCUACAGACAUGUUAUAGAUAACAUAAAUAUUUUUUUAUGUUCUCUCUAAAUUAUACUUUACUUGUUCAAAUCAAAUCAAAAUCAAAGGUUAUUUGUCACAUGCGCCGAAUACAACAGGUGUAGACCUUACCGUGAAAUGCUUACCUACAAGCGCUUAAUUUGAAGAAAAUAGAGUUAAGAAAAUAUUUACUAAAGUAAAAAAUAAAAUAAUAACACAAUAAAAUAACUAUAAUGAGGCUAUACACAUGGGGUACUGGUACCGAGUCAAUGUGCGGGGGUACAGGUUAGUCGAGGUAAUUUGUACAUGUAGGUAGGGGUAGGGGUAAAGUAUGCAUUGCGAGUUUUAAUUUGAUCCCCUUUACAAACCCAAUUCUGAACAAUGGACGAUUUAUACAACGAGUACCUUUGCAAUAGUUAAGUGACAUAAGGGACCUCUAAUGGUUUUGUUCUUUGUUUUUUACAGAUUACUUCUGAUACGGCAUCAAGUCAGCAAAACACAGAUGACAAAGAUGGACCCAAACACGUCUUCUCCUUUUCUUGGCUGAACAACCAGAAGUAGAUGAUCAUCUUACCUCAAGACUUUGAAAUUGUUGUAAUACUAGGUAUUGUUUUGGUUGAGUCAGCCUCCCGCUGCAGGCACGGUUUAAAUAAUUACUCUGUUACCGUUAUAUAACUGUAAUUUCUCUGAAAAUCCUCUCUAGCACUUCUAUAAUACUGUAAAAACAAAUGUCUUUGGGCAGAUUUCUGUCUUGAGAAAGCCGUGUAUAAUUUGGCACACCUUUGGGGAAUAGAUUUACGCGUGAGUCAGAAAUACGCCUCAAUGUAUCGAGACACUCAAUUUAGGCUACACCGCAAGCAAUGAAUGUAACUUUGAAACUUUUUUUAUUACAAAUAUAAAUAUCAGACAUUCUCUUGCACAAUAAAUAUGAUUGGCUGCUGAUAGUCAUAUUGUAGGCCUAUUUUAUUAUCAAACUUUAACCAGUUGUACAAUGAGAGGGCAUUUCAGAGUGGAUGAAUGUUUGAACAAUAUAUACAAAAUAUGUUAUUCUUGAAUAUAAAUUAAGAAAAUUAAAUGAUAUUUGUGUUCAGCAUUUCAACUGGCUAUGUCUGCUUCUCAUCACACAAUGUAAUUACUACAAAGCGAUUUACAACUCGAUUUUACAACUCUUGCUUAUAUCAAUAAAAAUAAUAAAUUAAAGAACGAAUGUUAACCAAUUCAAGAGUAAUACAAAAAUGGAAUAGUAACGUACAUUUUAUGGCAAAUGUAUUUCUAACACUCAUUUCCCGAAUAUGUCCAUCAUUCUUCGGUUACUAUAUGCCUGCUGCACUAAUUGCUCGUCUCGAGCCAUUUCUAGAACUUCCCUCAGCAGAUGGAACGUCAGGUCCAAUGAGAUCGGUGGCUCUUCGCCUGGCCAGGUCCUCUUUCCUCUCUCCAUGGAAUCAUCCAUCUGGUUAGCGUAGCUGUUCAGAAACCGACUGAUGUUACCGACUUUACCUUGCAGAAGACGCUGCCUAAGCUGAAGUUGUAAAGCUCUGUUGACCGUUGUUGACGGCGCAGCAGCUCCAGGAGAUGUAUUCGACAAGGAGGACUGGGGCGAAUUUUGAUUGGAGUUGUCAAGCCGACUGAAGUACUCCUCUCCUAGUCUCAGAAGAAUAGGGAGUUGCUGUUGCAGCUCUGCGGGAAGAUUGUGGGAUGGAU